UUUCGCCACUAACGGAGGUGGCGCUGCAGCGCUCUGCUCGGUUCUUUUUCGCUUUCUUUUUCAGCUUUCUCAACAACAAACCGAAAGCGCAUCCAAAAGCGCAAAAACAGCCUGGAAAAUGUUAAUAAACCCGAUUUUUGUUUAGUUACAGUUUGACGUUAGAGGCUAAAUGAUGCUGAACGUUUACGUUUGAUGAGAGAAGAAAGCCGAGGAGCGGACGGUAAUGUGAUGACCCCCCCGGUUUAUCUACAGAUGGACGUUUGAAGCCAUCCCUUAAUGUCUGCGAUGGAGGACACCCCAACUUUAAAGCCCAGGCACAUCCAGAAUCAGAACGUGGUCCAUCGUCUGGAGAAGCGGCGGAUCUGCUCCGGUCGACCCGGAUCUCACUGGUACCGAGUCCGCUGCUUUCACCAGAACCUAUUCCCUAACUUCACCGUGGUCAACGUUGAGAAGCCGCCGUGUUUCCUCAGGAAGUUCUCACCAGACGGGCGCUACUUCAUCGCCUUCUCGUCUGACCAGACGUCCCUAGAGAUCUAUGAAUACCAAGGCUGCCAGGCUGCUCAGGACCUUCUCAGAGGUCAAGAAGGAGAAACACUUUCAACCGCCAACGACCAGCGCUCCCUCAACAUCCGAGGCCGCUUGUUCGAGCGCUUCUUCUCGUUACUUCAUGUCACUAAUGUGGCCUCAAAUGGAGAACACCUGAACCGGGAGUGUAGCCUGUUUACAGACGACUGCCGCUACGUCAUCGUCGGGUCGGCGGUUUACGUCCCUGAAGAACCACAACCGUACUUCUUUGAGGUGUAUCGCAACAACGAAUCAGUGACCCCCAACCCUCGGUCUCCUCUAGAGGACUACUCUCUGCACAUCAUCGACCUCCACACCGGCAGGCUGUGUGACACCAGAUCUUUUAAAUGUGACAAAAUCAUCUUGUCUCACAACCAGGGGCUCUACCUGUACAGGAACAUCCUGGCUGUGCUGUCGGUGCAGCAGCAGACCAUCCACGUGUUCCAGGUGACUCCAGAUGGAACGUUUCUGGACGUAAGGACAAUCGGUCGGUUCUGUUACGAGGACGACCUCCUGACCCUCUCAGCUGUUUACACAGAAACUCAGGCUGAAAUCCAGCCUGGACUUCCACGUCUCUACACCGACAAAGUCAUCAACUCCCUGAAGCACAGGCUGCUGGUGUACCUGUGGAGGAGAGUCGAGCAGGACGGCAGCGCCACGGCAAAAAGGAGGUUUUUCCAGUGUUUUGAUCAGCUCAGGAAGCUGAGGAUGUGGAAGAUGCAGCUGUUGGACGAGCAUCACCUCUUCAUCAAAUACACCAGCGAGGAUGUGGUCACGCUCCGAGUCACGGACCCGUCACAGCCCUCGUUCUUCGUUGUGUACAACAUGGUGUCCACGGAGGUGCUGGCCGUUUUUGAGAACACCUCCGACCAGCUGCUGGAGCUGUUUGAGAACUUCUGCGACCUUCUCCGGAACGCCACGCUCCACAGCCAGGCGGUCCAAUUCCCGUGCUCCGCUUCAUCCAACAACUACGCGAGACAGGUCCAAAGAAGGUUUAAGGACACCAUAGUGAACGCCAAAUAUGGCGGCCACACAGAAGCGGUGCGCCGCCUGCUGGGACAGCUACCCAUCAGCGCCCAGUCAUACAGCAGCAGCCCCUACCUCGACCUGUCGCUCUUCAGCUACGACGACAAGUGGGUGUCAGCGAUGGAGAGACCCAAGACCUGCGGAGACCAUCCCAUCAGGUUUUACGCUCGUGACUCGGGUCUGCUGAAGUUUAAGAUCCAGGCGGGUCUGUUGGGCCGGCCCGUGAACCACGCCGUGCGCCGCUUGGUCGCCUUCACCUUCCACCCCUUCGAACCGUUCGCCAUCUCUGUCCAGAGAACCAACGCGGAGUACGUGGUCAACUUCCACAUGAGGCACGUGUGUGAGUGAUGAUCAGGAGCACCGCUGCUGCUAGCGAGACAACAAGCGCAUCCUUCUGACAGUCACAGAGACCCCCCCCCCUUCCUCCUCCAUCAUGCUGUGGUCACUCCACCUCUGCCCCGCCUCCUCCUCAAGAAGGCAGCAAUUCAUCCUUUUUCAUUUCCCCUCCCCAUUCCCCCUUCCUCUGCAGAACAAAGAGGGAGCCGUAGGGAGGAGAGGAUGGGAUAAGUGUAAAUGGAGAUGUGGAGAGAGUGAUUGAUGUGCCACGGAGGUGGGAGCUGCAGGUUCACGGACCUCUUAGAAGGAGCCAGAGGUGUUUUUCUUUCUCCUGCCAUGAACAUUCAGGUAGAGGAGGCCGUCCUGUGGCUCCUCGUCCAGCUGCCCAACAAAAGCUCCCUCUUUAAUUUUAGGUUUUUACUUUUUUUUUUGUUUAUUUCCGACUGUAAAUAUUCUAAUCUAAUAAAAUUCUUGCCAUUUUUA